AUGUUGAUUCUAAUUCAGAUUCAAACUUUCUUCUUCACAGGAACAAACAUUACAAACAACAAAGAGCUGAGGAUCGUGAUGGUGGGGAAGACUGGGAAUGGAAAGAGCGCUACUGGAAACACCAUUCUGGGUCGACCGUGCUUUGAAUCCAAAUGCAGACCCAAAUCCCUGACCAUUGAAUGCUCCAAAGGCUCCAGUAAUGUUGAUGGACAUCAGGUUACUGUCAUUGACACUCCAGGUCUGUUUGACACCAGAUUUGAUGAAGAUAAAACAACCAGAGAUCUGAGUCAGUGCAUCUUCUACGCUUCUCCUGGACCCCACAUCUUCCUGGUGGUCGUUGCAGUCAACAGAUUCACAGAAGAAGAAAAACAAUCAGUGCAAAAGAUUCAAGAAAUCUUUGGAGAGGCAGCAGACAGAUACAGCAUGGUUCUGUUUACCCAUGGAGACAAUCUUGAAGACACCAUUGAAGAAUUCAUAUCUGAAAGCCCAGAGCUGCAGGAUCUGGUGUCCAGAUGUAACAACCAGUAUCAUGUCUUCAACAAUAGGCUGAAAAAUAAGAAACUUCAGGUCACUGAGCUGCUGAAGAAGAUCAGAACCAUUGUUGACAGGAAUGGAGGAAGUCACUACACCAAUGAGAUGUUCCAAGAGGCUGAGAGGGCGAUCGAAGAGGAGAAACAACGCAUCCUGAAGGAGAAAGAAGAAGAAAUACGUAGAGAGAGAGAAGAACUGGAGAGAAAAAUACAAGAAAAGUAUGAGAAAGAGAUUCAGAGCAUGAGGGAGCAGUUCCAGGCUGAGAGAGAGAGAGAUAGGUUUGAAAGACAGAUGGAGAGGUUGGAGAGAGAGCAGGAAAGAGAGAAAUGGAGGAAGGAGGCAGAGGAGGAGAGGAAGAGGAUGCUGAAGCUCAGACAACUGGAGGAGGAGAAGUACAGAGAAAUUCAAGAAGCAAAAGCCCAGCUGCAGCAAAGGCAUCAAUAUGAGGCCAGAGAAGAAGCUGAACACACUUCCACAUUGAAAAAAAUUAAAGAUUUUGUUCAUACAUCUUUUAGAAAGGUGUUUAAAAAAGUGUAG